AUGGGAUUUAUAUCAUCAUGGAAUAGCCAUGCGACGUGGGUGAGCGAGGAAAAAGGAUUUUGUCAAGUGAUAUUAAUGUACAAACAAUUUUUAAGCCCAGCAACAGAAACAUCGAGGACUACAUCAAUAAAUUUCAAUCCUGAAAAGGAAAUGAAAGAUCAGAGAUGGGUAAGGCAAUGUUUAGUGUUAUCUUUCUUAAGAAAGUAA